CUCCAAGUGAUAUGGUCUGUCGUCCUUGCAAAUGGCACACCUUACCUCCUCUCUCUCGGUCUUCCUGAACCUCUCACUGCACUCGCAUGGAUGGCCGGUCCUUUGUGCGGCAUCUUCGUCCAGCCUUACAUGGGCAUCACCAGCGACAACUACAGCAGCAGAUACGGUCAGCGAAGACCCUUCAUCAUACUUGGAACCAUAGGCACUUUGUUAAGCAUGCUUCUUCUUGCAGCAAUUCAGCGACUCGUUUCGUCUUUAGACAUUGUUUUCAUCCUCGACGAGAAGGAAAAGAGUUCGAUCACGGUGGCGGCAGCCCUUGUGCUCGUUUGGGCCUUGAAUUUCUGGAUUCAGCCAUUGCAAAUGGGCAUGCGUGCCCUAAUCGUCGAGUCCUUUCCACAGGAGGAACAGGGACGAGCGAGUGCCUGGGCGAGCUACUGGGUGGGAUGUGGGAACAUUAUCGGCUACGGUACCGGGUUCUUCUCACUACCCCAGGCUCUCGGCAUCGCUACAUGGGGACAGUUUCAGUGUCUCUGCUUGAUUGCAGCAUGCGUCCUCACGUUCACUGUCGCCAUAGGGUGCGUUGCUGGUAGGGAGGAAAGAACCCACAACUCGCCGGUCGUGCCUAGGUCCAAGACGUCUGGCUUCCCGGAUCUAUGCACCAAGGUACGGACGGCAUACUCGAACAUGACCAGACGCAUGCGCCAAGUCUGCAUCAUCCAAUUCUUCUCUUGGAUGGCCUGGUUCCCAUUUCUAUACUACGGUUCUACCUACGUCAGUGAGCUCUGUAAGGGAACACUCUGUCUAAUAUUAUUAUGCGCCCACAUAUUGACGCAACGCACCGAAGACGCCAUUCGCCAAACAGCAAACCGCAUCGGCACCCUAAGCUUCCUUCUCUUCGCAUGCGCAUCGCUCCUCACCAGUAUCUCGAUCCACGCCUUCAUAACUCCAGACUUAUCGGCAGCAGAAGUCCUCAGAAAGCGCACCAAGAACUCCCAACUUAGUCCCAACAUCUCCAAAGUCUGGUCCCUUUCUCACAUUUUCCACGCCCUAACUCUCGCAUCCACAUUCUUUAUCACAACCUGGCGCGUGUCCCUCUUAUUUACCUUUUACAUCGGGAUAUCCUUUUCCAUCACUCAAUUCACGCCGUUCGCUAUCAUAGGUGACGAGUGCGCUAUCAUAAGGGAUGCGAACGACACGCAGCUCGAAGCUGGGGCGGUGAUGGCAUUGCACAAUGUCGCAAUUUCUUCUCCGCAACUUAUAGCGGCGGGCGUCUGCGCCAUUGUCUUCGCAGUUUUCAAGAGUCUCGGGAUAGAUGGGGGCGCGGGCUGGGUGAUUCAGUUGGGGGCUUUGCCGGCGAUGGUUGCGGCAUGGGAGUCAAGGAAGCUGUGGAAGGACUCCGAAAUGCAUCAUUUAGCAGUGGUCUAG